AUGAAUCAUUCAGAAGGGGAGAUAACUCAUACGACCGUUCCUUAUGAAAACAUGACAGACGACAGCUUUUCUGAAACAGUGAGCAGAGAUCUUGAGAAGAAAUAUAUCAUCAUGAAAUCCUACGUCAACCCUAUCAUCGGCUGUCUUGGUCUGUUCGUCAACACAAUCGGGCUGUAUAUUUUAUACAAGAGCGGGCUCAAGAAACCUUCAAAUAUUUUCUUAGCCUCGCUUCUAGUCGCUGACUCUAUGUAUCUGACAGGGGCAGUUAACUGCGCCGGUAUCCUAGCAACCGUCGGACCAGGGAAGCUCAAACCUCAGAAGUGGGUGUGGGAAAUAGAAAGAAAUUUGGCCUACCUCGUCUUCGUUAUUGACCAACUGACAUUUUUUAUCUCAAGCGUGUCUGCCGCUGUUUCUCCUUGCCUGCCAGUUAUUAUAACCGUUGAACGUUUGCUUGCUGUGUUUUUUCCGCUCAAAUUUAAGACCUUGGUGACGAGAAAGGUAGCGCUGUUUUUAGUCGUCUCGCUUUUUCUAUUUUGGACGCCGUGGAUAGCUUUUAUUGCAGCGGCGUUGGAGUUUAAGUACGUGUAUGUAUCUGAAGACACGUCUUACGGAAUGAGAUCUUGGUCCAAAUUAAUGUGGGACAACAUCGAUGUCAUAAUUCUCUGCGAUAGUUAUAUAUUCAACUUCAUGACCUCGAUUCUCCCAGCAUGCAUUGUGAUCAUCUGUUGCUGUUUGAUAGGUGUCAAAAUAAAACUGGCUCACCGGAAGCGGAAGUCGAUGUCUAGCACUAAAAACCAGACGACGUCAAGAUCGACCAUCACGUUGUUGACAGUUUCUCUUAUCAGCGCUAUAUUUCAGAGCGCGUAUUUCAUCGUCUCCAUUUCGAUCAACGACGAAGUCUUGAAACUGAGUGCCAUGGCGAAGCUGUUCAGGGAGAUCCAGUACUUCAUUAACAACUGUGCCAGCUCCAUCAACACCAUUGUGUACAUAAUUCUCAACAAGAAACUCAGGAAUACUUUGAUAGAUACGUUUACGCAAAAACAUAAUGAUAAAGGUUUUAGAACAAACUAA